GCUGGGGAAACGCCAGCGUCACCUUAGAGAGCAGCGCGGGCCGGGUCUCCCACGUCCCGGUGGAGCCCGCCCCUCUGCGCAUGCGCAGAACUGCCCUCCCAGGGCCUUCCCUGGCGUUGUCUGGGCUCAGUUUCCCUAGGCGGAUUAUUGUGUGGUUGUCAUUUUUACUGUACUGCGCUGUGCAGUGCGGACGCCAGCGUCCCCGGACCCUGGAACCCGAGUUAGGACAGAAUGCAGGGGCCGAGGGCCUUCACCUCCAGGAGGUGAAAGCCAUUGCAGUUAAGUUUGCAAAAACGAGGCCCUUGAUCUUAGGUCUUGCCAGCUCAGAGAGAAAUGCCUGAGUUCAUUUGAUUUAAGAGUCUCUUUUGAGCGUUCUCAGAAGAAAAGGCAACGGCCCUUCCACGUACAGAGCUCUACAGUUUAGUGGGAGAUGCAGGCGGGGUUGGGCAAGGCCGGCAAGCUUUAUACUAUGGACACACAGAGCCCCGGAGAGGAGUUAUCAGAGAAAAUGAUACCUGAGACUGGGCGCUACAGGAGGUGGCCAGAGGGAAGGAGCCCAGUGAAGGAUAGGGGCAAUUCUAGACAGCCACCGAUGAGGGAAGCAGAAGUCUUGGACUGAGCAAGCUGCCAAGAACGUAGGUGUGGGAGUACUACUCUUCCUCGUAUGGACUUCGGCUUGAGAGUAUGGGGUUCCUGCAGAAGGAAGACCCAAUAGGAGAAUGGCUAGAUAAAUAAUAGUAUCAUUUAUUGAUGUGACAGUGGCUUCCCAAAAUGUUGGUAACCGUAAGAAAAGGGAAGCGUUUUAAUCCCGAGCGUCCAGGUGGCAUUAUUGAAAAAACUCGAUAAGAAUGAUUUUUUUUUUGAAAUCUCAUGUUUUACCUUAUUUAUACAGGCUCUUAAAAUUAUACGCAACAAAUACCCUUGCUUUGGUAGUGUUCUCAAAUCCCCAGUGCUUGCAUCGUAUUUGUCUUGGCAAUUUUUUUAUAGCCCUUAUCACAUCCCUUCUCAGUCUGAUACAGAAUCCCAUCUUCUCAAGUGUGUAGCACUAUUCAUGGUGUUCAGUACACUCAGCAGUGAAGAAACAGGCUAAGCAGAUACAAUGUCCCCAGUUCAUGUAGGCAGGGCUCAUACCCAGACAUGUUCCAGGUCGUGAUUUGGGACGGGACUAAGACGAUCGGAGAGGAGGUUUGAGAUUUUCUUAAAAUAGUGAAGAGGUGAUAUUAAAACUAAGGCAGUUUUGAAGAUAAAGAGAAGUCAUACUGAAAACCAAAGGGGGUAGGACUGACUGGAUUGAACAUUUGGGCUGCUGGUACUGCCUGUGGUUUACAGAGAAACGAGUGUCUUCAGGGAAUGAAGGAUGGCAGCGCGCCGUGCGUUAAAAGCUGUUUUGGUAGAUCUCAAUGGCACACUUCACAUUGAAGAUGCAGCUGUGCCAGGCGCACAGGAAGCUCUUAAAAGGUUACGGGCUGCUUCUGUGAUGGUUAGGUUUGUGACCAACACAACCAAAGAGAGCAAGCAAGACCUACUGGAAAGGUUGAAGAAGCUGGAAUUUGACAUCUCCGAAGAUGAAAUCUUCACCUCUCUGACGGCAGCCCGAAACUUAGUGGAGCAGAAACAAGUCAGGCCCAUGCUGUUGGUUGAUGACCGUGCACUGCCUGAUUUCACAGGAGUACAAACAGAUGACCCCAACGCUGUGGUCAUUGGCCUGGCACCAGAACAUUUUCAUUACCAGCUUCUGAAUCAGGCAUUUCGCAUUAUAGAAAGGUCUGUUUAUCUUAUGAGCAUAACUAGAAGCAGUUAUGUAAUGGACAAAUUGGAAGGAAGACUACAUAGGUUACUCCUGGAUGGAGCCCCUCUGAUAGCUAUCCACAAGGCCAGGUAUUACAAGAAAAAAGAUGGCUUAGCCCUGGGACCAGGACCGUUUGUGACCGCCUUAGAGUAUGCCACAGACACGAAAGCCAUAGUCGUGGGAAAACCAGAGAAGACUUUCUUUCUGGAAGCAUUGAGGGACACUGGCUAUGCGCCAGAGGAGGCCGUCAUGAUAGGAGAUGACUGCAGGGAUGAUGUUGGUGGGGCUCAGAACACUGGCAUGCUGGGCAUCUUAGUCAAAACUGGGAAAUACCGAACCGCCGAUGAAGAAAAAAUUAAUCCACCUCCCUACUUAACUUGCGAGAGCUUCCCUCACGCUGUGGACCACAUUCUGCAACAUCUCCUGUGAACCAACAUGUGAUGUGAGGCAGCUUGAUCCAUAGCUUCCAUUGUCUAGACUGGAUGGAUGGAGCCCUCUCUAAUGCAGUGGCAUCAGCAGACAGCGCCAUCCAGUGCCAAUCCUGUUGAACCUUCUUUCAUUGUGCAUUAAUUAGAAAGCUGGGUACUGAAUUGCAGCCAGCCCUGAGCUGGCUAAUCUCUUUUGUUUAGUUUUGUAAAACAAGAUGAGACCUGAAGAAAGGGAGAGCCGAGAUUCUGUGCCAUUCCUGUUAAAAUAUUCAUCAGGUUCACUGGGCUGGGAGAAGCUCCCACGGGAGUGGAGUAGCCGUGGUUCCCACUUGUCUGCUGGAAAUGAGAGGACAGCCGACUCAUGCAGGGAUGCACUGAAGGUGCAUUAGGCUGUCAUGGAGAUGCAGAGUUCAACUGUGAAACCCAGCACAAGAGCCAAGUAGACCGCAAGACAAAAGCAGCAUGGCAAGUCCUUCUGUUGAGAUCCAAUGAAGCUGCUGUAACAGAUGUGGAGAGCCAAACCUUCCACUGUAUUCCCAGCACAGAUGACUUCUUUUUCUCUUCAUUAGCCAGAGAUGACUAAUUUAAAUUUAGAACCCGAAUUUAAUUUAAAAUAAUAUUUCCAUUAAUAACCUAUUCAUUGCAGAUACCUAUUAUACUGUGUAACAGUUGUUUUGGAAAUUUUAUGUAAAAUUAAAACUAUCAGUAUUUUACAGAUGUUUUAAUUAGACAUUGUUAUUAACAGGAACAGUGCAGAAACUAAAAUCAAGCCUUUAAUGUCUUAUAGACCGUGCAUUUUUGAAGUUAGUGUCCACUGGGGACCUAUUAACUGUACAUUUGCAAGAUUUCAUUAUUUUUGCCUCUGACACUAUGGGAGAAAUCUUUUCAGAACUAUUGGGACAGAUUCAAGCUUUUAUGUACUUCUUACUACAGUUGUAAAAUGAGAUCUCGUCUCAGUGCCUGGAUUAUUCUUCUCAUGUUAAACCCACCCAAAUGAAGGAGACUAAGUGGGUAAUGAUUUUCCUGGUGCAUUUGCAUGCUGUGCUAAUCCGAGGCCGUGGCAAUUGCUUUACAGGGCUCUUGGGCAUUGAAUUAUUAGAAUGUAAUUGUGCAUCAUUGCAGUGCUCACCUUAUUGAGGCACACACUAAUGUUAAUGAGCUUCAGGCUUUGAUGCUUGUUUAGAGAUCAGCUCUGUCUUGGAGGAGAGAGAACAAAGCUAAAUAAAUGUCCUUCAGUA